AUGCCAAUCACCCUCCCCACCACCACCAACCCCCCACCAUCAUCACCAUCACCAUUAACAACCCCCCUCUCCCCACUCGCAACCCUAACAACACACCUCCGCGCGCACAUCCUUCGCCCGCUCACCUUCCAGGACACGCGCGACAAGGGCGCCGCCGCGACCGUCGUGCUGCGGGGCGUGGCCAACACGGCGCAUUUCGUGCUCACGGGCGGCUCGCCGUGGUGGGCGCCGCUGUACUAUGUGCUGGACCAGCUGGUGGUGAUGUACAUGGUGGGUGUGGUGGCGGGGGUGAAGGGGGGGAGGAAGCUGGGGGGGUGGAGGGUGGACGAGCGGUUUUUCGAGUACUUCCUGGCGGCUUGCGGUGUCGUGCACGUGCUGUACAUGGGCAUCUUGCUCAUGUGCGUCGUGACCUUGGCCAUCUUCUACGGCGUGACGGGCGGCUUUGUCCUGACGAUCGCUGGCGUGGCGAUCCUGCCCGUCGCGUUGCUGGCCGCGCUGCCGGAAGACGGAGAGAGCGGACCAAGUCUCCCGUGA